AAUGCCAUUGUAGAUGGUUUAAAACGCGCAGCGCAAUAUUUUGGUUUUGCGGAAGAUUUUGGAGGAACACCUCGUACUCCACUGAAGAAAUACGAGGGCACUCCACAAAAGGUAGGAAACUCCUACGAUGAUCAAUAAUUCACACCAAUCGGCUAGCGGUGAAACCAAAAAUGCCAGGAAAAAAAUAAAAUUAUGUUUUGAUAUAAAUUCGGCGGAUGACGAAUCAUAACUAUUAUCAAGACUAUUAUGAACCCAUGGGUGCAAAAUUUUAUAAUUAUAUGUAGCUUUUCCAUUGACAUAAAGUACACGGAGAUUAUAUUUUGCCUUAAAUGUUAUACCGGCUUCCAAGCUGAUUACAAAAUGACAAAAGAAGACACAUACGAAGCCUUCUAUACAGUAGCUGUAAACUAAUAAACCAUAAUUCCGGAGAAAAAAAGAAACAGCAGAUGUUUGGCCCGCAUAUGCAACGGGGCUGAAGGAGGAAUUCACUUCCAAGCAAAAUAUAAUUCCUUCCUAAAAAAUAAGCCUGCCUUUUUCUCCUCGUUGUCUUAUACAGUUUUCCUCGUGUGAAUGUCGGACAUAGCAAUUUUGAAGUCCCGGUUGAAACACUCGCCGCACCCAAAAUCGAAUAACAGGAUUUUUUUUUCUGUUUUAUUCCUUACUAACUCAUCAUCUUUAACGAAAUCCGAAAGAAAGAAGCAGUUUGACGUUGACUAGCGAAUGUCGUACACGUGAAAUCUAUCGCAGAGAAUCGAAAAUUUCACACGGGUGCAUAUCUUUAUUUUAGCGCAACGUUUGUUUUAAUCAGUUGGCUAAACUAUCAUGUUACAAAGUCUCACUCGGCUGGUGAAUUUGUUCUUCGCUUUUUGUUGUGUGUCUUUUUCUUUUCCACGAAAAUGGAAACGUUACACUUCUGCUAUUCUAAUGACGGGUUUCUUCAUAAUGUUAUUCAGCCGCUCGGAGAGAUUUGACACAGUUGACUUGAACAUCGAAGACGACCUUAUCUAUCAACAGAUCAACACUAUUAAAGAACCAUUUUCUCGUCAAUUGGUUUCGCUUAAGGCCGGGAUUACUAUCCACGUUGGCAUGAUACUCUUGUUCAUCGGUAAUGACCCUCACGCUUCGGCAAAUGCCAAAGACACGAUCAUGUGGCUACUGAUUUACAGUUCUGCUCCAGUCCAUUUCCACAUUUUGAGCGAUAGCAGUAGCAUCGAUAUGGUGGACACUAUCAUGUCGCGUGUAGAACAUCAAGCCCGUUCUCGCUUUGCUUACACCGUGGAAACAGUGGAUAACGUGUUCGAUCAGUUGCUGGACCAUUUAAAAACCAAUGUUCCACACCUCAAAUUCGACAUGGUGAAGGACCACAUAGUGACCCAGAUGUUGCCUCUGAUUUUGCCAUGGCACUACCACCACCUCAAUCGCUUAAUAUUCGUCAGCAACCACAUCAAGUUUCGAAACGAUAUUGUCGAGUUGUACGAAUACUUUGACCGGUUUGAGGCACAACAAGCGAUUGGAUUGACGUUGGUUCAAGGAGCAAAAUUCGCAGCGGCUUUUUCUGUUCAUCGACACCUGCAAACCAAUUCGAAUUUGGGACUCUCACCACCACGCGGCUGGCCAGGUUUCAACACAGAGUUGAUGCUUCUCAAUCUCAAAGAGAUGCGCCAAUCCAGCUUGCUCAAACGCUAUCUCGACUUGGAAAACCAAUUUCCUUUACUGGCGAAAUAUGAUUUUAAAAGCCGCCAAGUACUACCCCAGAUGGACGAGUGGUUGACAUUGGUUGGUGUGGAAAAACCCGAAUUGUUCUUCACGCUACCCUGCCAGUGGAACGUACAACAGAUUAUGGAUUCCGACGCUUUCGAACAUUGCCGCAUCGACAUUAAAGCCAUGGCAUUUAACUCUUGAUAAUGAUUUUACCUUUGCCCCGAAACGAAAAUGAAUGAUAAAGAAUG